GUCUGCUGCGUUCUCCGGCGGCAGACUUCGAUGCGCAGCGCGGCGAGCGCUGUGGGCUCUUAGUCUUCGAUCAAAAUCGGCUGCCUGCCAGCGAAUGGCGCGAGCAAGUCUACGAGCCGUUCAUGCAUUGGAGCAGGGAAGGCGGCAACGUCCAUCGCACGACGCGUGAUACUGCGCUGCUUCUCCGCAACGCGCUCAUGCGUGGACGGGGAGAGGCGCAAGGUGAUCGUGGCUGCUUCUCUGUCUUCCUCUUCGCGGUGCUCCUGCGUGCUUCUGCCGACCUGACCUAUGCGCUGGCGGACCCCACCCCGUCCUACGACCUUGAACACACGGCCGCCCACGACAUCAUGGCCUUCUUUGCGCACCUGCUCUCGAGGACUUUCCGUGCUCCGCUCCACACCUCUUGGCCCCUCCACAUCGCCUUCGCACGCGCCUUGGCGACCUUCCGCCGCUGGGGCGAGGUGAAGCACGGAGUGGCUGGUAGCUGCAGCUGCCAGGAGCCCGAGGGUGUUCUGACCCCUGUCCUCCGGCUUCUACAAGACAUGCCGAUCUCCGAUUGGGCUGUGGCAGACUGGAUCUCUUUCCUGGACUUCAACGAUCCGCGCCUCAGGGACAUCUUGGAGAGACUCUGCUCCCACCAGCAAGCCAGCGCGAGUGAUUUUAGGGGUUAG